AUGUGCUCUUAUUUUGAAAUCCCGCGUCUGUCUGUGGUCCUUCCCUCUGAGCCGCGGAGGUCAAACUCGGCGGAGAACUCCCAGUCUGAGAUCUACAAAGUCCAUCUACAGAAUGGGGUUCACCUUUUGUACAAGACGGACACACACACGCCCUCGCAUCACCUGGAGCCCGUGCAGCGCUCCGAGCCCUUCCUGGACCGGGACUACUGCCUCCCCCCGAGCGGCGCCGGAUACAACUACCUGGACCCGAACUAUUUCCCCUCCAACAGAUGA